AUGGAGGUUUUCUCAAAUUCCCAACUCAUUCUUCUGACCCUUCUUAUGUUCGCAGGUGGGGAAGUUGUAAUGUUCUGUUACAUGGAAUGGGACACCAAAAAUAUGGAUGGUCUAAAUCUCUAUCAGAAAAUGGUUGCGUCUUUGUUUCAAGUUACAAAUGCCAGACAUGCUGGUGAAUCUGCUUUUGAUCUCUCCACCAUCUCUUCAGCCAUAUUGGUUCUCUUCAUUGUCAUGAUGUACCUCCCACCGUACACUACAUUUUUACCUAUGAAGGACCACCAAAAUGAUUGCAAGAGAGACAAAAAAAGCCUAGUGGAGUGUCUAGUAUUUUCUCAACUCUCGUACUUAGUUAUUUUUAUUAUCCUGAUUUGCGUUACAGAGAGGGAAAGCUUAAAGGAUGAUCCCCUCAACUUUAAUGCGCUGAACAUCACCCUAGAAGUCAUCAGUGCGUAUGGGAACGUAGGGUUCUCAACGGGAUACAGCUGCGCAAGGCAAUCGAAACCCGAUGCUACGUGCAAAGAUUCAUGGAUUGGAUUUUCGGGUAGGUGGAGUACCAAAGGCAAGUUCAUCCUUAUCUUGGUCAUGUUCUUUGGGAGACUCAAGAAAUUCAAUGUUAACGGUGGCAAAGCCUGGCAGCUGUCCUAG